GAAGAGGUGAAUAAUGAAGAACACGUGCAAUCUAAUACAGAUUUGACCGGCUUCGUUUCCAAACAUCUCUUUUACUUUGAUGAUUUCAGUUUUGAUGAAUAUCGAUUGGGCCUAUCAACCACCGCAAUUCCGUGCCUGAAGUUCUGCUGUUAUACAGGCAACGAAAAAACCUUAAAAUGUCAACGUCUUUAGCUCAGCAGCUGCAAAAGCUGCAAGCACCUCAGACGGAACAGUCUGUUGAAUCCAGGAAGGUUCUAUCAAUCCUGUUUGAUACGCACACGGCCGAACAACUCACGCUUGACAAAGCCUUUCAACUAGGUGUGCAAGGAAUCAAAGAGCUGCAAACUUUGUACCCCCGGUUCAAAAUAUUUGAGGAUUUACUAUUCCGCGAGUCCAGCAAGAGCAUUCAGAGGGCUGUUGAAACGUCAGAUUUUAACGAAAAACUGGAUGCAGAGGUGAAGAAGUUCUUGUUCAUGGUGUCACCUCAUCUUGCAUUGAAACCAGCGCUGCAGGCGCUCGAGUGGCUUGUGCACAGAUUCCAAAUUGGAGAGUACUGCCCUGAUGACUUGAUCAUGUGCGCCUUGCCGUACCACAACACUCCUACCUUUUGCUUGAUUCUCCGUGCCAUCCCGGAAAUAAAAAAGGAGAAUUCCUCAUGGAGCUGGCUCAAGCCUGUCCUCAAUAGUGGAACACCGUUGGAUGUUCACACUGUUCACCGGAUGGCUGGAAAGCAACUUCAUUUCCUCCGCAUGAUCUUGCAGUACACUGUUGACGCACACAAGGAUUGUGCUUUAGGCGAUUCUUCUCGUCUGCAAAUUCAAUUUGCAUUCUCUGCAUCAACGAUUCUUGGAGUCAUGGCAAUGUUGAAGCAGGAUUUCAACCAGCAGCAACUGGCCUGCAUGGUCCCUUACCUUCAUAUUGGGCUUUCUUCGGCGUCUCCUCCAUUUCUAGCCAGCUGCCUUGCUGUGAUUAGUCACCUGGUCGCCAGCUAUCCGAUUUCAGAAACUCUUACCUUAGAGUUGAUAACGCACUUGACUAUGACAAAAAUUGAUUUGCUGAAAUACGAUGCUUUGUCAGUUGUUUUCUUGCUGAUGACUUCUCAAACUCGUAUUGUUGGCACAUCGCCCAAACUUACCACUUUCAUUACCACUCAAUUUGCCACCAUGAGCAAUUUUGUUGGCAACUUUGAAAGAUUUCAUGAGGAACACAAGACACUUAAUCUGGUACCGUUUUUGGUUCCACUCCUGCAAUCUGCGUUGGGAGACUGCAGAAAUGAAGGCAUCUUCUUCAUCAAAGGAGUUGACCAGUUUUUGAUCAAAUUGCUUCAAAAUCUGAUUCUUGAUGAAGAUCAAGCAGCCACUGUCAUCAGAAUGAUCUUUGAGCACCUUCCAGAAAACACAAGCAAUAUUGCAGAAAUCCGAUGGUUUGGUGACAUUUGUCAAAUUUUGGAGUCUCGAUACCCCUCAGCAUUUGACUCGGUGGCAAAAGAUGUUUUGUCUAAGGACACUGACCUGAAAGAAACCUUCCACGUGGUCAUUUCUCACAAAGGCUUAAAAGGAGAGGAUGGUGUACUGACUGUGCAGGGCAUUUGUCUUCAGUUGGUGCACCCUGAAGAGGCAAUCAGAGCUUCUGCAGUCAGGACUGCCGCCAAGUUUACCAAGAAUGCCAAGGAAAUGGAUAGGAUAAUGCUGCAAAGCUACUUACGUGACCGUCUGAGAGAUGACAGCAUGCAGGUGGUGUGCGCGGUGCUUACACUAAAAAGUUUCUGCAAGGUUAUUUCUCCAAAAGAGGAGCUGUUUGAUUUGCUUUUGGACCUGCUGGAGUAUGCAAAACAAAACAAAUGGAAUCUGAAAGCCGUUGCUUACCUUGUGGCGCAUGUUGGAAACGCUGUUCCGGAGAAUGCUUCUGAGUUGAAAAAGACACUGACAAUUUUAUCAGCCAUGUCCCACGCAGCUCACCAUCCAGAAGUUAUGACCAUUUUUGCUGAUACAAAGUUUGGCUGCGACUCGACCAUGAUCAAAGACAUUAAAAAGGGCAUUGACAAGAGUGACUCUGUGCAAACUCAGCAUGUUUCUGCCAUUUUUGAUGUGGUAAAGAAGGUGUGGAAGAGUUGCCCGCUGGACUUUGCUGACAUUGUGAAAGAACGCUUGAAGAAUAAAAAUUUGAAUGCCCUUGACUUGUAUCUUCUCUCUCUGCUGCUGCAGGGGGUGGCUGUGAAUGCUAACACUGCCCUGCACAAAUCUGAUUGCUUCCAAAUGGCACUGCAGAUCAGGAGCAGAGCUAAAGUUGUGAUUCCCAAGAACCCCAGCUUUCCACCUAAAAACAAGGCCGAGCUGCUUUCAUUGCAGCACAACAAUCUCGUGAAGAAUAACCUCUUUCCCAUUCAUGCGUUCACGGACAUCAUUACUGCUUUGGUGCGUGAGCCGAUGACUUCAUUUGUCUCACAGAUUGCAGACUCUCUCCAGCAGAGCCUUUCAAGUCUGAUCCCAAAUGAAGGCGAUGGAUCUCAAUCGCACAAGGAUUCUCAGAUCUUGAAGUGGCCCACCCAGAGCAAAGAUAAUGAAGAUGGUGAAUAUCUGAAGCUCUCUAUCUCCAUCAUGGCCACACUUCUUGAAUUGUGCUCUAAAGUUGAGCGAUCCGAUGAGGAGCAGUCGCACAUGAUUGCCCUUAGGACUUUUGUAAUGUCAAAUUUCAGUGGAUUUGAAAGCCAGCUGCACUUCUUGAGUAUCAUGUGGAGUCAGCCAAAUUUGCAGAUUGAGGAUCGAAUGCGGGCUGUUAUUUUCGCAACGUCAAUUGUGAAGCUACACCAGAAUGUUAAGACUAACAUCACACAACUUCACCCUGACAACUGCUUCGUGCCUGCGCUGUUGAGUGCACUUUGCAAUCCUGAAAAGUACUUCAGGCAAGUGGUGGUGUCUCUCCUGCUGGAACUGGUCAAGUUAAGACCAGCAGACAUAUCAAAAUCCUACCAUCCACUGAUUGAUCACAUUGCUCAGCAAUCAGAUGAAAUGAUCCAGAACUGCGACCAAUUGGGCGUUGCUCUGUUUUCUGCGUUGACUGAGGAUGAUUCAGUGCAAAAUUUAGGUGGCAAUCCGAACAUGAAUUUUGCCAAGAACAUCAGAAAGUGUCUUUUUGAGCAUGCUAAGCUGUCCACCACUCCCAGAUACAUUACUGCAGCAGUGCUUAGGGCACUUAACUACGUCAAGUCACAGGAGUGUUUGCAAGCUGUCAUUCCACUCGCAGAUCGGCUACUUACAGAGAGCCAUGUGGAGGAAGGCUUGGAUGAAGCUGACUUUGAAAUUUUAAGAUUAAUCUUAAAAAGAAUUGAUGAGAACACUGCUGAGAAGCUGCUCAACUCGAAAGAAGGGUGGAAUUUGAUGGAAAGGUUCUUGGCAAGCAGACUGGUUCAUGAUGACCAGCCAAUCGCCCUCUGCGCGGUGUCUGUUAUAUCCAGAGAACUGUUUGAAAGUCUGAGCCCAAAACAAAGAUCCGAACUAACACAUCUGCUGGUGCAAGUGAAUGGCGAAAUCUCCAAUCUGAAAGCCACAGUUGCAACAGUUCUACGAAAACUUCCUCUUGAAGGAGAUCUGGUUGCUGAGGAACUUAAAUUGAUGAUUGGUCAAGCAAAAUCAGCACCCACUAGGACAACCAGGAUGAAAGUUGCUUCAACGGAAGCAGCUGCUGCAAAGGCCACUACCAGUGAAAAUUGGUCCCAUGGUACUGUUAUGCUUGAAGCCCUUUCUGACAAGAAGGCUAUGAAAAACGCUCAUUUGGUGGUUCCUGUUUUGUUCGACAUUUUGAAAAUAUGCUUGGAAAGUGUGGAUGAUCAAGAAUACGUAAAACAGCUCACUUUGACUAGUUUAAACAUACUUCUUGCUGUAAGUGAAGCAAAAGGAAACACUUGUGCUCUGGAUAUUGAGUUGAUUGUGAACAGCCUCAAAUCAACUACGAAUCCCCGCACUCAGAGAGAGACUCUAAUCCUUCUAUGCCACACUGCACAUCUUGUGCCGGACAACCUGAUGCACCAUUUGGUCAGCAUCUUCACUUUUGUAGGGUCCCUUGUUUUGCGACAUGAUGACGAGUACAGCUUGCAAAUCAUUACUCAAGUUAUCAAGAAAGUGGUGCCUGCAGUCCUAAAAAGCAAAGGACAGUCAAGCGGCUUGGAGAACAUUUUGCGCGUGUUUUCUGACGCACUUCCCGACAUUCCAAGCCAUAGGCGCAUUUUGGUAUUUGAUGAACUCAUGUCGACAGUUGGCUGGGAACAUCUGUGGCUCUUCUUGGUGUUGGUUUUUGAGAGCCAAUCCUACACCAAACAAACGGACAAUCGCAGACUCGACUGCGCUCUGGAAGCCGCCAAAAUUUGUCAGCUGCCGGUUUUGUUGAAAAUGCUUCACAACAUUUUCCAAUAUAUCUCUGUGCUAACCGAUAUACAAUACAACCAGGAAAAGCAAGUCAUCAAUGCAUUGGAUAUUAAACUUAAAUUAGACAAACUGAAUGCAGCUAAUUUGACUAAUCCCUGCUCAAAGCCAGCUGCAGAUGUUCGCAAAUUCCAGAUCAUGGCUUUGGAUUUCAUGUCCAAUUUGCUGAGCAUCAAGUCCUCUGCUCACAAGGGUCUACGCCCGACAGAUAAGUUGGAUCCUCAAUUGGAGCAACUGUACCGGUUGUUGAUGGACUGCCUCAUGGGUUAUCUGUUGACAUUGAGCCACAAAGAAGCGUCAGACAAAACGCACGCCAAGUUCUGGUCCUGCCUCCUUUUGCAAGGCUAUUCGGUUCUCAACAAACUGAACAUGCUUUUGCCACUGGCGCAUUUUGUGGCCGUGGUGCAGGGUGUGCUGACUAGCACUAGUGCGCUGGACUCAGUGAAAAGCAAAACUCUGGAACUCCUUGGCGCGAAACUUCAGCUGCUUAACAAUGCAUCUGGCGUUGAAAUGUUAGAAUUACUUCCCAUGAUAAAUGUGUGUCAAGAGUUGGUGACUCACGCUGACUCAAGCAUCGCCUGCAAAUCACUCUUCUGCUUGCGUCUUUUGAUCAGCUUGAUUGGUUCCGAAAAUCUCUCCUCUCAAUUGGACAUCCUGAAAAAGUUGCUCCUGACUUUGAUCAACUUGGCAAAAAAGAUUUCGUCCAAGGCAGAUUAUCCUGUUAUGGCUAAUUUGCUACUCUGCUUAGCCGAAAUGACAGUAGUUGUCAAGGUGCACAUGCUGAAUGUGCUACCGACUCUGAUUCCUUUGACACUGGAAACAGCAAAACAAGCCAGGGAACUGGAAGAGGAUCAAAGUGAUGUCGUUCUGCUUGCCAGCCUAGCACUUCUGCAGCGCCUCAUUGAGACUCUGCCGCAGUUCUUGAGCUCAUUUUUGCAGUCGAUUUUGUUUGAAGUCUGCCAGGUUUCCACAAUCAAAGAAGAUCGUUUGUCUAUCAAGGCAUUUCUGGCACUUGAGCAUAGAAUAGAGAAAAUUAGAGGUCUUCUGAGCAGUAAAAUUUCCUUGCGGGUCCUACUUCAACCCGUUCACGAUGCUUUCAAUGAGCUAACCAAAAGUUCUGACACAAUGAAAGCUGUUAAGCCCCUAAUGGCUGUUUUAACGGCCAAGUUUGAAAGUAUGGGCUCAGCUGAAUUUUCGGGCUACAUUGCGGACCUUACAACAUUUUUCUUGGACGUACUUGAACUCCGAUCUCGCUGGGAGUCGCUCGAUGAUGUUGAAAUGAAUAAAGAAAGACGCCUAGUUGUGAGCAAUGCUGAGGAGGAGGUUAUAUCCGCACUUGUGACUUUCGUUUUGAAACUUCAAGAGCCGGUGUUCAAGCCAUUCUUCUUCAAGCUUUUUAACUGGUGUCGCGAGGCCCAGCAAGAACUUGCCCAUAGAAGUCGUUGCAUCAGUUUCUACCGGGUGACAACGUCGUUGGCCAACAAACUGAAGGGAUUGUUCACAAUAUUUGUGCCCAUUUACAUCCAGCAAGCUGCUGAACUGCUAAGAAUCUGCCAAGAGAGCUCCAACGAAUCUCUUGGAAACAAAAAGGCAGAAUCAUUCUUUGGGCCUUAUGAGCAGGAUCUCACUCUCCUGCUUUUGGAGUGGGUGCUGAAGAACCUUCUGGAGGUUUUCACUCAAGACAGACAAAGAUUUGUCAAACAAGAGACCUUUGACUUGAUCAUGCAGCCUUUGGUGGAUCAGCUUGAUAACCUGAUUGGAGGUGAAGAGGCAUAUCUGGCAAGAGGGAAAGAACUGGUCAGUCCAUGUCUUUCGCAAUUCGCCAGAUGCAUGCAGGAUGACAUUCUAUGGAAACAGCUGCAUUAUCAAAUUCUCCUUAAGACUAGGAGCAACACUACUAAGGUUCGACUCGUGGCCAUUGAGGCGAUACAGACCUUUGCGGAAGUGCUACGGGAGGACCUGUUGCCUUUGCUUCCGGAAGCUAUUCCCUUCAUUGCCGAGCUCUUGGAAGAUGAAGACCCAGAAGUGGAAAAACGGACGCAAGAGGUGGCCAGAGAACUCGAGAAGAUUCUAGGAGAGCCACUUAGCAAGUACUUUUAAUCACUUGUCGUUCAAUAAACGUUUGAUUCUUUAAAGUUAAAUA